AUGGAAGAGGAGGUAAGAAAAGCAGGAUCAGAACUACUAGUUCAGUGUCUUAGGCUGACAUUUUCUCCAUUUGUAGGCUCAUCUGAAAGCAGCAGUGGGGGAUGCUAUGGAGACCUCCAGACCCUCUACGCCCCUGGGGCGUCUUGCGGGACUGGAAGGCGUCGAGGACUGAAAUACUGUGUUCGUGCUUCUGAAAGGCUGGCUGAAAGAGACAUGCCAUACCUCCUGUGAUAUCAACCCAUCAUGUGUACAGUUGGCCUAAAGUGCUGCAUGGACCCUGCUGUGAUCGCUGGUGUCUUGUCCAGGAGUCUCCCCUGAUCCCAGGAAGCUGCAUCAACCUCUGCCUCUCUCCUCGCAGGACCCUGGCCUUCAUGCCCCACCUCCUGGAUCAGCAAGGCCCAGGUUUCCCAGAUGACUGAGGUCCUGACUGUUAGAAUCAAAGAAAUCCAGAGGAGGUUUCCAACCUGGACCCCUGACCAGCACCUGAGAGCUUUGUGUGGACUCUGUGACUACACCCGAAGCAGCCAGGACCUGAGCUGUGACUUCUGCAAUGGCGUCCUUGCACGAGCCAAAUACUUCAAAAGACAGGGCUUCUAA